GCGACGUCCUAUCAUCUGGCUAUUACAAGACCACCAUACCGCAAGUCAAAUAUAGUCUUUGUUUGCAUGAACUUUUCGUCUCUGCGGCUUACAGCAUCAAUCCGCUGGUACGAAUCAUGUCUAAAGCUUUGCAGCAGAAACAACACGCCUAUUCAGCCGAAGCGUUUGUUCUCUAACGCGCCUCCAUGUCGUCAGCAAUCCCUAUACACACCAUACGUGCGUCCUUUGAACCAGGAGCAACUUAAAACGAUUCGGAAGGCGCAAAUGCGCGAAGAACCGCAGUUUCAUAUCAGGUACAAGAAGGAUGUCGAGUUUUUUCUUUCCAGGUCCACUUCGACUGAAGCACGCAUGAACGAGCGUGACAGUCUUCGCUCUCGUCUGGAGUCAACUGUCAAGUCGCGGUUUGGCGAUGAGUACGGUGUAGAGGAUAUCAGUAUGUGGCGGUAUGGGCAGGAUUUGCAUCAUGCCCCCCUCGAAUACGCUAUUGUGGACACAAAACAUCCGCAAGGGUUGUCCUCUCAUGAUGACUUACAAGAUUUACCGCCGGUCUAUGACCCUGUUGCUGUGUCAAAUGCUCUUCUCAAGGUGGGGUACAAGGGCUACUUCCACGAGCCAUCUUUCAGGUCAUGGGAAGAGACGUUGCAGUUCGAAGAUGAUGAGCCGAUUCUCCCUUCUCCUGCAACCGUCAAGGAAUGGCCCCGUUACGAACGCGCUAAUACGAAGGAGUUGUGCUACCCGCCGACGCUGCAUGGGACCUCACCUAUUGACUUCAAGCUGACAUUGCCGGGACCCACCAUCCUCCCGCUGACGCAGCUUUUGAAGGCAUAUUUAGACUAUUCGAUACAAGUCAAAACCCUCACCUCGAUAUACUUCCUAUGGGCGCGCUCUUUGGCAAUACAUGACUUAUCUCCGGUGUGCGUUGCCCUUAUGGUAAUCCAGUAUUACCAGCAAAGCGUUGGUAUGCAAUCAUUGCAGCGGACAGCUCCUACAAAGGAUGUCGACCCUGCUUACGUCUGGGUUCCCCAGAUGUAUGCCGACGAAGUUUCUGAAAAGGUGCUCGCGUAUUGGGAUCGUGGAAUUUAUCGUCCUGUAGAUGAGGUAUUGGAUGAACUCCAAUGGAACCACGCACCAUAUCAGAUAGAUGUCUCAUUCUGGAAUCCACCUCGUCCGAAAACAUCCACCACAAUCGGCAUGCACUCGUACAACUUUGCAAGAUCGCUCAUCAAUGGCAUGCAAUAUGUCAAGACGCAUGCUCUCUCUGUGCGUGAGGGUGACGCACUCUCCCGUCGUGAAGCGAGAUCGAAGGUGUUUCCUAUAGAUGUCUACAAUGACUCUGUCGGGGAGAUCGACGGCAACUGGUGUAACCCCACGCGAUGGUUGGCGGACGCCCUCGUCGUGCAGGACCCGUUCGUAUUCACGCAAAACCAUGCAGGCUCGAUGUCGAAGGCGAUGAUGCAAUACUUCUUCUACUAUAUGUCUCGGACGGCACACAUCAUCAAGGCAGGGAAUCCAUUUUUUGACAUUUUCGGCCCGUAUAUCGAUCUCGCCCAAUCGCACGAAGGUGGAGCACUGAGAGAUCGGGCACCACAUAUUUCCAUUGGGGGUGAAGCGGCGGCGCGGACGACAGCACCAAGUUUCACUGAUGAUGACGAUGUACCAUUCAGUCGUCGACGGAGAGACGCGUCAGUCAACGAUUCAAAGAAGACGAGCUCCAUGGAGGACGAAGAUGUGCCGUUCAGUCGUCGACGGAGAGGAGAGGCAUCGCUCAACGGUUCAAAAAGGACGAGCUCCAUGGACGAUGAAGACGUGCCAUUCAGUCGUCGACGGAGAGAAGAGGCGCCAGUGGACGACCCAGACAGGAUGAGCUCCAUGGACGAUGAUGACGUGCCAUUCAGUCGUCGACGGAGAGGGGAGGCGUCGCUCAACGAUUCAAAAAGGACCAGCUCCACCGAGGACGAAGAUGUGCCGUUCAGUCGUCGACGAGGAGAAGAAUCUUCAAUCGACAACGCGGACAGUACGAUCGACAUAAAUGACGACGAUGUGCCACCCCGUCGCGGAAGGAAGAGCACAGUGCCGUUUGACAAUUCAGACGGGACGCGAACUUCCUCAUAUCAUGCCAACAGACGGGAAUCGUCCAUGCGGCGCUCAGGCUCAUCCGGCUUUAAUCGUGGAUACCACAGCUCUGCUGUUCAGAGCGAAACCGGGGCCAAUCGAAGCCAGACACUGCGAUGGAGAUACGAGGGAAGCACGGUUGGAUGGGUUCCUGUCGAGAGAGAUGACACUCGCUCAAUCGACGAAGAAACACUCAACGCAUUGCUGCCUCCUUCUGUCCCAGAUGAGGUACACAAGAUGCGAGGGGAGACGUUAAAGCGUGUGCAGCAUAUCAUUGCAAAAAACUAUAAGCCCCUAUAUUUGCUCGAGCCAUUUGGUAGCGUUUGCACUGGGAUAGAUUCUCCCACUAGCGAUAUCGAUAUUGUUAUCAUUGAUGAGGACAGACCGCAAGGGUUCGAACAGGCAGAGAGCAAGAAAGGGAUACCUCCGAUAUAUGACGUCGCAGCCCUCGGUAGGGUCAUGCGCAAGGCGAGGUUCCGGAACGUACAGAGCAUUUCUCGUGCUUCUGUCCCUAUUGUCAAAUGCAAGGAUCCGGUGAAUGGCCUGGCAUGCGACAUCAACGUCAAUGAACGACUCGGGCUGGUGAACUCGAAGUUGAUCCGUCACUACCUUGAUUUGAACCCCGUGCUACGCCCCAUGAUACGGUUUCUGAAGACAUGGGCGAAAUCCUUAGGAUUGAAUGACCCAUCCGGCGAGAACGGGUCGCCCACCUUCAGCAGCUAUGCACUUACGUUGAUGACCAUCGGGUGGUUCCAGAUUUGUGGACUCUUGCCAAAUCUACAAGCCGGCGUUAAGGAGAUGCAUUCAGGUGCAAACAGCUUCUUUUAUGCUGAGAUAGCGAUCAAAAACAAGAAGAGCAAAGGAGUGACGCGCGUAAAAUGUGACCUUCGUUUCCGCGAAGUCGUCAAUUGGCAACCGUCUGAGACAGAGAUCGACCUGCUAGAGGUGCUCAAGGAUUGGUUCAACUACUGGGGUGUGGAGCACAAGUACAGGCCCACCGUUAUGAGCGUUUCUCACGGGGGCGUUCUAACGAGAGAACAGGCUUUAGACAGUUGGGCCAUGCUAUGUCAGGACCCUGCUCGCUAUGAAACAUCGAAGAAGGAUGGCAAACUGAUAGCGGUUGCGAGGGCGAAUUCAGCUGCUGUAGAGGACGACGUGGUCGAAGGUGAGAUGUUCGUAGAAGAGUCGUCCGAGGAUAUGACGGCCGAGGAGGACGAAGAAACCUCUCCGGACGAUUGGGACACCGAAGAUGGAAAACCUCCUGUGGGAUGGCCCUUCAAACCUGAAGUUACGCCCGAAGAGUUGCGUUCCGUCAAGGAUGGGGAAAACGAAGGUUAUUCCUUAGACCGAUUGAACACCGAAGAUAGAAGCUCUUCUCCAGGAUGGGCUCUCGAGCUCGAUGCCAACAUAGAGAAAUUGCAUCCAAUUGAUGCAGGAUCUCCGGCUGCGGAACACGCGCGCCAGGAACUCUUGGAAGAGCGACAGUCCUUGGACGAAAGGAUUGCGAGACGUCUGCCCUCCCAAGAUGACGCCCAACCUUUUGAAUCAGCUCGUGCAUUAUCGCGGAAGGAAAUUGCCAAACGCUUGGGAAAGGGUGCGCUAUCCAGGUGGAUGGAAUCGCCCCUAUGCGUCGGCGAUCCCUUCGUUCCGCUGAAGAACGUAACGGGGAGUAUAGCUUAUCGCGAAGUUGCACGAUUCUCAGCUGAGUGUCGCACCGCACUGACUUUUCUCGAGUCCGAUGGCGGCUUGGAGCACAUUCUGGAAGGAUUUGUGAGGCGAAGGAGGACGAAACCAAGGACACAACUGAAGUCAAAAUCGAAGACGAAAAGCAAUCGUCAAGCAAAGCGGACGAGGACCCAUGCAGAUGCUACUGAAGAUCUUGAGGCUAUUCAUUCAAGCGUGUUGUGACUUGAUUUGAAAGUACGAUCCGUCCUCGUAAUAGCCUGCCCACGAUCAUUGGGAGAGGAUAUGGCAAAAAAGCUUCUCUACUAAAUCUCCCGCGCGGCGCCAUUUCCAACAUGCGCAAUACGUCGUUCGAGGGAACAGCGCGUCCACUAUGAUCCAAAGUUCAAUCGACAAUUGGAAUGCAAGUAUGGAUUAUUGGUAUACCUGAUUGGGGCUUUGUAUAGAAUGUAGUGAUAAUUUCUACUAGUUCCAUGAUGAAGUUGAAGACAUACAUG